AUGUGGGGAGAAGACAACGCUCACUACAAAUUCGAGUACGGUGUCGAUGAUCCCCAUACUAAAGAUCACAAAACCCACUUCGAACACAGAAAUGGGCACCAUGUGACUGGACAGUACACCUUGAAGGAAGCCGAUGGUACCCACAGGAUCGUCAAGUACAAGGCUGGACCUCACUCUGGCUUCGAAGCAGUUGUCGAGAGAGUAGGCCAUGCUCAGCACCCAGCCCACUAUGGCAAACAUGGACAUGGUGGACACGGAGGACACGGUGGUGUGGGAGGUACCAGCUACGUGGGAGCCAUCCACUGGGGCAACCAAGGAUCGGAAGGUGGUCAUGGUGGUCAUGGUGGAUAUUGA